AUGGUAGCUGGGUGUGCCAGCCCAACGAGCGCUACAGAUCCAGAGGCAUUUUCUUUGGGGACAACCCUUUCUCCUUCGGAAACACCAUUUUUCUGGCUCAAAUCUCCGUCUCCUCGCUCCUCACCUGCCUCUUACAAUGCCUCCUCACGCCCAUUGGCGAGAGCUCCUUCUUUUCUCAGAUGCUGGUCGCGCCCGCACCCGCACCCGCCUGUCCUUGUGGGCCUUGCCCUUGGGCCGUCAUUCAACGGUGGAAACAGCCCACUUCUGGAGGUGGUGUUCCCCUACAAGAGCUUCUACGUCAGCGAAACCUUCGCCUUCUUCGGGUGCAUGAUAUUCAUGUUCCUGAUGGGCGUUAAAAUGGAUCUGACAUUGAUCACCAAAUCAGGGACAAAGGCCAUGGUCAUCGGCGUGCUGGUGUUCCUCUUCCCAUUGCUUAUCAACUACCUGUUGUCGGUGUACCUAAAGAGCACAAUCGAAAUGGAUAACAAUUUAAAGGACUCCCUCACCGCCAUCGGCGCAUUUCAGUCCUCCAGCUCCUUCUACGUCAUCGCCUGCGUUUUAGAAGAUCUGAAGCUUCUCAACUCCCACAUCGGCCGCCUCGCCCUCUCGUCCUCCAUGAUCAGCGGCACCUUGAGCUGGAUCUCCAUAGUCAUCUGCUUCACCCUACGCCAAACCUCGAUGGAGCAGCAAGACGCGCUGCCAUGGAUGGCCAUUUGCGUGGCGUGCAUGAUCAUCCUCGUCAUUUACAUUCUUCGCCCCAUCAUGUUUUGGAUUGUGGAGCAGACCAACAUCUCCGGGAGGCCCAUUAAGGAAAGCUACGUGUUUUUGAUGUUUAUAAUGAUGUUGUUCUGUUCUUUGUUUAGUGAGUUCGUGGGCCAGCAUUUCUUAUUGGGCCCAAUGAUUCUUGGGCUGGCUGUGCCUGAUGGGCCUCCCCUUGGGUCCGCGUUGGUGGAUAAACUCGAGUCCUUUGUGUCCUCUGUUAUGCUGCCCUGCUACUUCGUUAUUAGUGGCGCUAGAAUCAAUCUCUCCAAGCUUGAUAUGAAGAGCAUUUGGAUUGUUCAAUUGUUGGCUUUUGGGAGCUUAAUGGGGAAGCUGAUUGGGGCCACGCUCCCUUCUUUGUACUGCAAAAUGCCCUUGGUUGAUUCCUUGACCUUGGGACUCAUCAUGAGCACUCAAGGCAUCUCUGACAUACUCUUUCUCCAACAGGGAUUGCUCCUUCAAAUGCUAGACCUGAAUUCAUACAGCGUGAUGGUGUUAGCGAUGAUGGUGAUGACAGGGGCGACUUCGCCCAUAGUGAAAAUGCUAUACAAACCAUCAAACAAAUACACAUGCAAUAGGCGGAGGAGGACCAUUGAGCAUACCAGCCCAAACGGGGAGCUGCGUGUGUUGCUUUGUAUUCACCACCAAGACAAUACUCCCUCUGUAAUCAACCUCCUUGAGGUCUCCAAUCCCACCAUUAAAAGCCCCAUUUGCUUCUACCUCAUCCACCUCAUCCAGCUCACCGGCCGAGCCUCUCCGCUCCUCAUCCACCACCACCCCAGUCGUCGCAGCUCCAAACGCUGCAAUCUCUCCGAUCAAAUCAUCAAUGCCUUCCAACUCUUCCAGCAAAUGAGUUACGAUAAGGUUAUAAUGAACGCGUUCACAUCGGUGGCUCCCUUUGCCACCAUGCACGACGAUGUAUGCAUGUUGGCAUUGGAGAAGCGAGUGUCGAUGGUGAUCGUGCCGUUCCACAAGCGGAGGACAAUGAACGUGUACGAGGGUUCGGUGAAUGCAAUAAGGGCAGUGAACAAGAACAUUCUAUCAAAGGCUCCAUGUUCGGUCGGGAUCUUGAUAGACCCUAUGAUAAUGGCGACCACCGCCAACACGGUUCCCAUAAUGAACAGAGCGGAAUUGUACAAGGUGGGGCUGAUUUUUGUGGGAGGCUCGGAUGACCGGGAGGCGCUAGCGUAUGCAACGCGCAUGGUGGAGCAUCCCAUGGUGACGCUCACGGUGGUCCGGCUGAUUCAUCCAAAAGGAACCACCCACCAACCGGCGGACCAAGAACAUGACUUCGAGAUGCUAAACGAGUUCAAGCUGAUCAUGUCGAGCUCAGGGAUAAAGCACUGUUUCUACGAAGAGGUGACGGCGAGCGACUGCGUGGGGCUGAUUGGAGUGAUGAGGAAAAUGGAACACAAUUACGAUCUCAUAUUGGUGGGGCGGCGCCACGAUGGGGACUCGGCGCUGUUCGUGGGGUUGAACGAGUGGCACGAGUACCCAGAGCUGGGGUUCAUUGGGGACAUGUUGGCGACCAUUGAUUCCCCCAGCGACGCCACAGUGCUGGUGGUUCAGCAGCAGACCAUCGUGGGCGAUCAUGAGCUUCUAGAAGAUUUCCGAUGCCUAAUGGAUGAGUCGUUUCGUGUGGAAGUAGUAAAGCCCCUCAACUCUUCCAAUUCAUGGCACCACAAACCUGAGCCUCCUUGA